AUGGUAUACACUACUCCCUGCUACAAUCUCCUACCCUCUUGGUUUCGUAACCACUUUGGGGGCAGCGCAAGAAGGAAAAGAAGAGAAAGAAGAUCAGUAGGACGGAACUCUGGCACAGGAAUUGAAAAUUUCACUGAAUACUCCACAGAAAACGAUUCAACAAUAGGUCCAACGGAAUACUCCACAGAAGCUUCAACAGAGGAAGAUUUGGAACGUCUCCCUUCAAAUUCAUUGUAUUAUAAAUUCAAUACAAAAUGCGGGGAGGACUACUGUGAUCGGAGUAAAAUGAGCAACGUAAGAACUGAAGUGGAGCGCAUACUGGGGGAGCAUGGAUGUAAUGGAAUUGAUCCAGAUAAGAUUAUAGUACCACGGUGUUAUACAAUUAAAGGGGUAAAAAACGACGAUCCAUACUAUAAUGGGCGUUUUAAUUUUCUCUAUUUCUGGAUAGGACAAAACGUGUUUGAGAAGAAUGAACGAAUUAGUUCAUUUUCUCAACUUAUGGGAAAAAUUCACAAUAUACUGAAGGAAAUUGAAAAAUAUAAGGUAUGGGACUAUACCUACGAGAGUAAUGAUAGAACCAUUUUCGAACACAUGAAAAGUGUAUAUGAAUACUAUUAUGACUAUCAGACUAUCAAGGGGCAGUUAACAUCAAACACACAUCCAUGCAAUAAGGAUUAUUACGAGCACCUACAGAGAAUUCACGAAGCCCAUAGGAAGAUACAGGAAUAUUGUACGGGGAGAAACCAGGAGGAUUCAUAUUGUGUGCAGUUUGGAAAAAAAUUUAAUAAUGCCGAAGUUCCGAAACCGCCAACUUUGAAAUGUAAUCUUGUCCUUACGGAAGCCGAGGUAGGAACAAAGUACGGAUGGUUAACUAAGAGUAGUUCGGGUGCCUGUGCUCAUUAUAGUAAUUACGACGAGGACGAUAAUGUAAAAAAGGAGAUGAGGACGGAGGUACUAGGGGCUUAUAGGGAAAGGGAGGAGCUUGCUAAGAGCAUUGUAGAUGCCUGGUGUUAUAUACAUAAGAAGGGGAGGUUCACAGAUUCCAAUGGUGAGUGGUGCUACUACUUCUACUAUUGGUUAGGAGACCAAUUAUUCAAAGAAGCAAAGGAUGGUAAUUCAUUUUCAAGCGCUAUGAAUCAAGUAUACCAGGGACUACGGAAGUCUGGUACAGGUGAGAAGUGUAAUAUUAUGUAUGAGAAUAUAGACAAAUUACUUUUCCUGCACAUGAAGAACGUAUUUGAUUACGCCCAGAACCAGGCACUCAUACCACUAAAGUUAAGGGAAGGUGGAAAGAGCAAUUCCUGCAUUCAGGCACUCUCCAAAUAUUUGCAAAGAGCUCUUAAAGCUUACAAAGCUAUCGAAUCAAAAUGCCGAGAGGGAAAAGAAAAUACACCUCCUUAUUGUUCCGAUUUCAACACAAAAUAUAAAACACACUUGACUGAACUAACUAGGCAGGCACAAUGUACUGUUGUGAAUAAUGAAACAGAACCUCUUAAACAUAUAGAAAAUAGUCAACCACUUGUGAAAGUUGCACAGGCUCAGGGGCCCGAAGCAGCACUUGCAUCUACUAUGGACGGUCCAAUAUCUUCAGUUCAGGAAGUUUCUCUGCCUGCGCUAAGUUCAAAGAAUUUACCUUCAGGGACCGAAUUCUACAAUAUAUUCGAUGAUGCUACUAAGGAUCGAUGCACCUUUACUAAUGGCGGGGUGAACGCGUUAGAGAAAGCUCUAAGGAAUAAAUUACAGAAUCAGUACACAGGAAUUUCUGCUCUGGCAAAGAUGAUUGCGAAUGCUUACUGUUAUGCAUGUACAAUGAAAAAACAGUCACCAACCCAUGAUGAUAAACCCUGUCAAUUCUUUUAUCAUUGGUUGGGGAAACAGAUCACGGUGGAAGCAUAUAGGAGUAAGUUAUCAAAAAUACUGGAAAUUAUUUACGAUACACUAAAAAGUGUUUUCCCCGAACAUAAGUGUACAGUUAAUUACAAAGAUGUUGACAGUACUAAGUGGGAACUUUUCAAUCAAAGGAAAAAAGUAUUUGAACAUUAUUACGAUUAUAAAACUUUAGAAGGGAAGUUACACAGUGGUGACCCCCUAUGUGAGGUGGAGUGGGCAGAGUACGAGAUAGACCUUACUAGAGCAUGUGGGGCUGUAAGGGCAUACUGCGGGGAUAGCAGUAAUGCUGAUGAUCAGUAUUGUGCAGAGUUCACGCAGACGUAUGGGAUGUUCUGUGAUAAGAAGCUGUCAGAAUUAAAAUGUAGUGCAGUGUAUAGCGGAAAAUCAACAGCUCCAGCCAUAUCUGGUACAAUUGCCACCAUAGGAGGACUUGCAACGGCUGUUGCAUUUUUCCUACACAAGGAUUUACUUUCAAGAAGAAUUUAUGAUAUUUUCGGAAAAAGUCAAGUGCGUGAUAUAUAUAUUAGUGGUAGAAAUAGCGGGAUAAACUUAAAGAGCAGUUUAAGCAGUGCAUUACAGAAUUAUGGGAAGAUUGGGAGACAUGUGGACCAGAUUAUGGGGGGCUGGUGUUAUGCAGUUAUGAGUGUCUUCUCGGAUGUACUUAAAGAUGGACCUUGUCACUUCUUAUAUUACUGGAUCGGAAAUACAGUGAGGGAAGACUUAGGCACUAAUUCAUUUUCAAGUGUUAUGGGGGCAAUCUAUAGUAUACUAGGAGGAAUCGGAGUUAAGACUAAAUGUUCCAAUAUAGACCCUAAAAUUGACAGGAACAUUUUUGUGCACAUGGAAAAAGUAUAUAAUUAUACGCAGGACUAUACAAUUAUAGAAAGUUACACAGAAAAUUCUGAGACACCUGAGCCUCAGUGUACUAAGGAAUAUGUCCAAUACGUACAGGAAGCUGCUAAUGCACAUGAAGGAAUGAGAGAAUAUUGUAAGCAGAGUGGAAAAUCUGAGGAGACAUGGUGUAAUCAUUUCGAAAAAAUGUUUAAGAAGAAUAAUGGCAACACUAUCCCAGAACCAUCAAAACUGUUAUCUCAGUUACAACCACAACCAGAAACUCCUCCUGCAGAAGGAACCUCUGGAGUCACCACGGGUGUAGUAGGUUCUACAGAAGAAGACAAUUCUACCAUAUAUAUGGGUGGGCCAACAUCACCAUCUAGAAGAAGAGGGGCAAGUAAUGGAAAACAAGGAAACAGGGGCAGGAAUAUUAGUUAUCAACGUAUGUGA